GAGAAGGAGAGUUUGACAGCAGUCAUGAGGAGGAAUAAAGCGGACGUGGAGAGAUAUAUUUCUGCAUUUCAAAGCUCCUCUCCCUCUCAGAAAGAGAAUUCAGUGAAAGGGUUUCUGUUUGCCAAACUUUACUUUGAGGCUAAAGAAUAUGAGCUUGCUAAAAGGCAUGUUUCGGAGUAUUUGACUGUUCAGCCGAAGGAUCCUAAAGCGCACCGGUUCCUCGGGCAGCUGUUCGAGCGGGACGGGGAAACGGACAAAGCUGUGGGAUGUUAUAAGCAUUCAUUUGAUCUGAAUCCGGCUCAGUCAGACCUGGUUCUGAAGCUGGCGGAGCUGCUGUGCGGGAAACCGGAGCCUGACAACCGGGCCGAGUACUGGGUGGAGAAAGCUGCCAAGCUGCUGCCGGGACAUCCCAACGUCUUCAACCUGAGGGAGAAGCUUCUGAGCACACGAGGACAGAACGGCUCCAUCCAGCUGUACGAGCUGCUUCAGUCUGAGCUCAAGCUGCGGCCCGACGACUCCGACAUCAAUGGCCGGCUGGUGCGUCUGUACAGCGCAGACGGCCGGCACGAGGAGGCGGUGAAGCACUGUCUGGAGGUGGAGAAGACCGGCCUUCUGAGGGACCGUCUGGAGUGGUACGAGCUUCUGGUCAGCACCCUUCAGGAGUAUCUCUGCUGGCCGAGCGUGGCGUCGAAUGAGCAGGCGUCACGCAAGUUUCACAAGGAGCUACUGCUGGCGCUCUGCAGCCGCGUCCGACUGACGCUGAAGGAGAAGAGCUGCAAGGAGAGUGCUGAUGCUCUCUGGAGCUUGGACCGUGCGAUGCAGUCUCUGAAGAACACGGCCACGAACACUCUGGACGAGCUGUCGGAGGUGUUCACGGAGACGAGGGCUCAGCUGUACCUGUACGCCGGGACGCUGCUGCUGAAGACUGCGCAGGACGGGGCGCAGCAGUGGAGGGCCGUGCGGGAUUUAGCGGCUGUCUGUUACCUCGUGGCCUAUCAGGCUCCGAGACCCAAAGUCAAGAGUUUGAAAGGUGAGCAGGCGUCCCAUGAGCCUUUGGAGCUGCUGGCCUCGGACCGCCAGAGUCAGGCGGGUCACAUGCUGUUGAAUCUGAGCCGGGACGUGGAGCAGCUGCUGAAGGAGGUGGUGGAGGCAUUCAGGAACCGGAAUGGGCCCAGUCUUCUGUUCGACAUGCUCUUCGGCUCACAGGAGCACGACCAGCUCUCCUUCAUCUGCAACAACGAGAUGCACAUGGUCAGCACACACGCGCCCAGCACCGACGAUCUGGCCAAGUGGGACAGUGGUGCGGUGCUGCUGCACGCGGGCGAUCUUCAGCACCUGGCGUGGCUCGGCCUGCAGUGGGCGCUGAUGGAGCAGAGUGUCAGCCUGCAGCGCUGGCUCAAGCAGCUCUUCCCUCGCCUCACGCUCGAGACCUCCAAACUAGACACCAACUCACCCGAGUCCAUCUGCCUGCUCGACCUGGAGGUGUUCUUGUGUGGCGUUGUGUUCAGCAGUCAGACGCAGCUGCAGGAGACGGCACGGAUGGCCUCGUGCUCCUCACCGCAUCAGCCCCGGUGUUUGCCUCUGCACAUCAUCAGGCUCCUGUCCUCCGCCAAGCAGCGCGAGUGGUGGGACGCCGUCUACCGCCUGAUCCACAAGAAAGCGCUGCCUGGGACGCUGGCUAAACUGCGGAUGCUGGUUCAGCACGGUCUCGGCACGCUGCGCGCCGGAGAGAAACACAGCCUUCAGCCGGCGCUGCUCAUCCACUGGGCUCAGCAUCUCACUGAUGUGGCGGAACGGGUGAAGGACUAUGCAGGCCGCGGUGUACACUACUGGAAAGUUGUGUUUCCCUUGCUUGAGAAAAUCCGAAACAAACGCAUUAUUCCUGAACCUCCGGAGCCGAUGUUCAUGCACUUUCACAGUAAAGACAUACAGCCUUCUCAAGUGCGAGUAUAUGAGGAAGAGGCCGCCAUAAGCUCUGCCACACUGCUUGACAUCGAGGGCAACACCGACGAGGCGAUCGCAAAGCUGGAGAAGCUCAACAGCACCUCGUCUAACUGGCAUCUUGCUAAGAUCUAUCAGAGGCUGUCGGAGGAGGCGGCAAACGGGAUGGAGGAGACGCAGGGCAGGUGCACCAACUUCCUCCUGCAGUUCAGGAAAUACCUGACAAAGAUUUAUCAGGCCAGUCCAGAAGACAUGGACAAGUUGCCUGUGUCUAUGGAGAAUGUGAUGGAUAUGCUGAACAAGGUCAACCAGCAGCUUGCAGAAGAUGACGAGCGGGAUGAAGAUCAUGUGGACUAUCCGCUGACGUCCAGCCCCGGUCAGCCCACUGAGCCACAUGUGAAGUUCUCCACUCCGUCUCCAUCCAAAAGUGCCACGUCUCCAUCUAAAAGAUCCAUGUUCUCGCCCAAAACGACUCCUUUCUGGGCCGAGGACCAAAAGUCCCUCCUGCAGAUGCUGUGCCAGCAGGUCGAGUCCUUGAAGAAUGAGGUUCAUGACCUGCGCCUUAAUUCCCCUGAAGCGACAGCAUCCUCAUAUAGGAUGCCCAGAGAUAAUUAUCCUGCAGAAGGACGUCAGGAAGGAUUUCCUGGAGCGCAGGCGUUCUAUGGUGCUCCUCCUACUGUUGCCACUACAGGUCCCUCUGCGUACUACAACCAGUCUCCAGCAUAUAAUUCACAGUAUCUUCUACGCACUGCUGCAAAUGUUACACCAACAAAGGGCCCAGUUUACGGGAUGAAUCGUCUUCCUCCACAGCAGCAUAUGUAUGCCUACCAACAAUCAACACACACACCACCUCUUCAGUCAACUCCUGCAUGCAUAUAUCCUCAAGAGCAGGUCUUUGGUGCUCCCAUCCGGUUUGAGUCACCAGCUACAUCCUUACUCUCCCCAUACAGUGAAGAGUAUUAUGGUCACAAUUUUCCUCAACCUACAGUCAAUCCAACAUUACCAGAGCCUGGAUAUUUCACUAAGCCAUGUGUCGAUACAUCCACGCAGCCAUCCAAGAGCAGUGAAAACAAGGCUGUUGACCCCAAGAUGAGUCUUGGGUCGCAGUUCACAGGUGAACCUCCUAAGGUUCCAAACUUUGGGGGGGUUGCCGGUGCCCUAUCAACAUCAGCAACAACUGCAUUCAAGUUCAACUCCAAUUUCAAGUCCAAUUAUGGUGAUUUUACCUUUUCCUUAGCUCAGAUGAAAAAUAGUGAAAGCCUCUUGGGACUUCUGACGUCAGAUAUUCCUCCCAAAGCGGAAGGACCAUCAGAACCGAAACAUCAGACCCAAGAGCAUCCGCCUAGCCAAAGUGGAGUCUUUACUUUUGGAAGUAAAAGUGCCACAGGGUUUUCAUUCACCGAUGCUGCUCAGAGCAAAAUUAAUAUUUUUGGCAACACUGACCAAAGAUUUAGCUUUGCAAGUGGAACCAAACCUGUAUUAGGAAAUCCAGAGGCUCGGGAAGAGAAAAGCGGGGAAAGUGAUAAUGAUAGCACCCAUGUGGAAGAGGAAGAGGAUGGACCUCAUUUUGAGCCCAUUGUGCCUCUUCCUGAUAAGGUUGAUGUGAAAACGGGUGAGGAGGAGGAAGAUGAGAUGUUCUGCAAGAGGGCAAAACUCUUCCGGUUCGACCCUGAGACUAAAGAAUGGAAAGAGAGGGGCAUUGGAAGUUUCAAAAUUCUAAAACACAGAACAUCCGGGAAAGUUCGUCUGUUGAUGAGGAGGGAACAGGUUCUCAAAAUCUGUGCUAAUCACUAUAUCACUGCAGAUAUGGUCCUCAAACCAAAUGCUGGAUCUGACAAGUCCUGGGUGUGGUAUGCUAUGGACUAUGCAGAUGAAAUGCCCAAGACUGAGCAGUUGGCCAUUCGUUUUAAAACCGCGGAUGAGGCCACACUGUUUAAAUUCAAAUUUGAGGAGGCUCAAAAAUUAAUUCUAGAGUCCCCACAAGGCCAACAAAUGGAAAAUAAAUAUGAAACUCCGAAGCCUCAGGUUUCAUCCAAAGAAAUGGAUCUUAAAACACUGUUUUCCAAGAAGACGGGUGAAUGGGACUGCGAUGUGUGCUGUGUAAGAAAUGCUCCCACAUCUGCAGUGUGUGUUGCCUGCAACAGUGCAGCUCCUUCUACAGCGAAGAACAAACCUGUAGUGUCCCCACAUGGUCAACAGUUGAAAAAGAAAUGUGAAACUCCAAAGCCUCAGGUUUCAUCCAAAGAAAUGGAUCUUAAAACACUGUUUUCGAAGAAGCAGGGUGAAUGGGACUGCGAUGUGUGCUGUGUAAGAAACGCUCCCACAUCUGCAGUGUGUGUUGCCUGCAACAGUGCAGCUCCUUCUACAGCGAAGAACAAACCUGUAGUGUCCCCACAUGGUCAACAGUUGAAAAAGAAAUGUGAAACUCCAAAGCCUCAGGUUUCAUCCAAAGAAAUGGAUCUUAAAACACUGUUUUCGAAGAAGCAGGGUGAAUGGGACUGUGAUGUGUGCUGUGUAAGAAACGCUCCCACAUCUGCAGUGUGUGUUGCCUGCAACAGUGCAGCUCCUUCUACAGCAAAGAACAAACCUGUAGAGGAACUUAAAGGCUCUGCGCCUGUGGCUCCUCCUGCGCAAUUGUUUUCUUUUGGACUUACUGGAGACACUGAUGUCAGCUCAAAGGGUUUAGCAUUUGGAUCUCAAAUACCAGUUUCUUUUCAAUUUGGAUCAAAUGAUUCUGCAGUAACCUCUGUUGACCUUGCAGCUCAGGCUGAUGAGAAAACUAUUCGGGCUGAUGCACCACAACAUGCAAAAGUGUCAGCAACUCCAGUUUUCCCUGGUUUUGGCUCUCAAUUUGUUAAGAAAGAAGGUCAAUGGGACUGUGACUCCUGCUUAGUGAGGAAUGAUGCUUCAGCAACUGAUUGCGUUUCUUGCAAAGCCCCCUGCAAAAAAAAUGGACAUUGGGAUUGUGACACUUGCCUGGUAAGAAAUGAAGGUACAGCUAGGCAGUGUGUUUCAUGUCAGGCAGCAAACCCAUAUAUGAAAGGCAAGACCUCUACUUCACCAUCAAGUUCCUCUUCUUCAUUCAGUUUUGGUAGUUCUAGCAAGCAACCUGCUGCAACAGGAUUUACUGCCACUUUAAAUCCAGGUCCUGCUUUUCAGUUUGGUACAAGUAAGGAAAAAGCAUCCUCAGAAGGUUUUAAGUUUGUAGAGUCCUCUACAUCUCAGGCUGAUAAGUCAAGCAGUUCAAAUUUUUCGUUUUCCAUGCCAGUGCCCGCUGGUGGUUUCAAGUUUGGGAUUGCAGAAUCUGAGGCAAACGCAUCAGACGGACAGUCACAAAAUGGAUCUGCAUCUGACCUCCUAAAAAAUAUUGCUGAACUUCACAGAGAGAAGGAAAAAGAAGCAAUCCCAAGUUCCUCAAAUGAGCUCGUAGACACUGGUAGCCACGAUAAUAAUCCCCUCCUUACCGGUAAGCCUAAUUCCUUUGGUUUCGCAGAAUUGGCUAAUUCUUCACAGGGUAGUUUUCAGUUCGGCCAGAAGGAUAUUGCUGAACUUCACAGAGAGAAGGAAAAAGAGGCAAUCCCAAAUUCCUCAGAUGAGCCCUUAGAUACUGGUAGCCACGAUAAUAAUCCCCUCCUUACCGGUAAGCCUAAUUCCUUUGGUUUCGAAGAAUUGGCAAAUUCUUCACAGGGUAGUUUUCAGUUCGGCCAGAAGGAUAUUGCUGAACUUCACAGAGAGAAGGAAAAAGAGGCAAUCCCAAGUUCCUCAGAUGAGCCCUCAGAUACUGGUAGUCACGAUAAUAAUCCCCUCCUUACCGGUAAGCCUAAUUCCUUUGGUUUCGCAGAAUUGGCAAAUUCUUCACAGGGUAGUUUUCAGUUCGGCCAGAAGGAUAUUGCUGAACUUCACAGAGAGAAGGAAAUAGAAGCAAUCCCAAGUUCCUCAGAUGAGCUCGUAGACACUGGUAGCCACGAUAAUAAUCCCCUCCUUACCGGUAAGCCUAAUUCCUUUGGUUUCGCAGAAUUGGCAAAUUCUUCACAGGGUAGUUUUCAGUUCGGCCAGAAGGAUAUUGCUGAACUUCACAGAGAGAAGGAAAAAGAGGCAAUCCCAAGUUCCUCAGAUGAGCCCUCAGAUACUGGUAGUCACGAUAAUAAUCCCCUCCUUACCGGUAAGCCUAAUUCCUUUGGUUUCGCAGAAUUGGCAAAUUCUUCACAGGGUAGUUUUCAGUUCGGCCAGAAGGAUAUUGCUGAACUUCACAGAGAGAAGGAAAAAGAGGCAAUCCCAAGUUCCUCAGAUGAGCCCUCAGAUACUGGUAGUCACGAUAAUAAUCCCCUCCUUACCGGUAAGCCUAAUUCCUUUGCUUUCGCAGAAUUGGCUAAUUCUUCACAGGGUAGUUUUCAGUUCGGCCAGAAGGAUAUUGCUGAACUUCACAGAGAGAAGGAAAAAGAGGCAAUCCCAAAUUCCUCAGAUGAGCCCUUAGAUACUGGUAGCCACGAUAAUAAUCCCCUCCUUACCGGUAAGCCUAAUUCCUUUGGUUUCGAAGAAUUGGCAAAUUCUUCACAGGGUAGUUUUCAGUUCGGCCAGAAGGAUAUUGCUGAACUUCACAGAGAGAAGGAAAAAGAAGCAAUCCCAAGUUCCUCAGAUGAGCUCGUAGACACUGGUAGCCACGAUAAUAAUCCCCUCCUUACCGGUAAGCCUAAUUCCUUUGGUUUCGCAGAAUUGGCUAAUUCUUCACAGGGUAGUUUUCAGUUCGGCCAGAAGGAUAUUGCUGAACUUCACAGAGAGAAGGAAAAAGAGGCAAUCCCAAGUUCCUCAGAUGAGCCCUCAGAUACUGGUAGUCACGAUAAUAAUCCCCUCCUUACCGGUAAGCCUAAUUCCUUUGGUUUCGCAGAAUUGGCUAAUUCUUCACAGGGUAGUUUUCAGUUCGGCCAGAAGGAUAUUGCUGAACUUCACAGAGAGAAGGAAAAAGAGGCAAUCCCAAGUUCCUCAGAUGAGCCCUCAGAUACUGGUAGCCACGAUAAUAAUCCCCUCCUUACCGGUAAACCUAAUUCCUUUGGUUUCGCAGAAUUGGCAAAUUCUUCACAGGGUAGUUUUCAGUUUGGCCAGGAGGAUCCCACUUUCAAAGGCUUUGCAGGGGCUGGCCAGCAGCUGUUUACAGCCAUUAAUUCCACCUCCAAGACAGACACCUCUGCUGAUCAAGAAGAUGAAAUGUGCAAAACAAAGGAUAAUGACGAUAUUCAGUUUGAGCCAGUUGUUCAGAUGCCUGAAAAGGUUGACCUUGUGACAGGGGAAGAAGAUGAGAAAAACUUCUAUUCACAGAAUACAAGAGCACAAGAGCUUGCAGAAGAGUCCAAGCAAACAUUUGAGGAGAGUCACCGGCUGCUAUUGGAUAUUCCUUUACAGACCCCUCACAAGCUUGUGAAUACUGGCAGGACGGCCCAACUUAUACAGAAAGACUCUGAGGUCACACUAGUGUGGGAGAAGCAGCCGACUGCAGACGAGGAGCAGAGAGCCAGACGCCUGAAGCUGCCGCCCACCUUCCUCUGCGGCGUCAGCAGCGACUCCGACUCCGAGCGACCCGGCGACUUCAGCGCAGAGCUACACACACUGCAGCACGCUCAGGUGAAGCCGAAGCCUUCCCAUGAUGCAGCAGCGGAAGAGCCUCCCGUGGACGGCAGCAUUGACCCCAUUGACCUCUCCACGAAGAGGAGCAGCAAGAGCGAGUCCAGCUCCACUGCAGGUCUUCCUUUUGCAUUUGAGAGUCUGCUUUCAUUUGCAGAAUUGGCAAAGACUUCAGGACAAUCUGCUUUUGGCAAAAAAGAUGGAGAUUUUGCGUGGUCAAACGCCGGCGCCACGGUCUUUGGUAGUGCACCAGCGCGAGAGGGUUUAACGGGAGGGCGGUCCAUCUACGGAGGGAAGUUUGAGGACGAGAACUUCGACGUGAGGCACACGGGCCCGGGACUGCUGUCCAUGGCCAACCGCGGCAGAGACACCAACACCUCGCAGUUCUUCAUCACACUCAAGAAAGCAGAACACCUGGACUUCAAGCACGUGGCUUUCGGCUUCGUCAAAGAAGGCAUGGAUGUGGUGAAGAGAAUAGCAGAGCUGGGCAGUAAGGACGGCAAACCCACUAAAGCCAUCACCGUCUCAGACUGUGGACAGUUGUAAACUUUUCUACGUUUGGCAAACUUCUGUUCAUGUGGGAAAUG